AUAUAAUAUAUUUUAUAGUUGUUCACAAUAUUUCUUUUCUCAGAUUUUUUUUUAGAAAUUUAAUUGCCAAAUUAAGAUAAAUUUCCAAAAUGUGCGAAAAUUUAAAACCAGAUCGCAUAAGAUGUGAAGGCUGCCGCACCAUCAACUUGGCUAAGACAGGCAGCCAGCCUAAGCCCGACAUGCAGAUGUAUGACAAAUGCGGUCCUUCUCAAAGGAUAGAUUGUCCUCAAGUUGCUGAAUUUCCGAUACGUCCAACUUGCAUAAAAGUGUGCAGCAAAGAAGAGUAUAAUCUUAAAAAAUCUCCUAAGAAAGUGGCGAAAAUACCGUUACCUUAUGCACAUGGAAAACUAAUGUAUGCAGUUAAAGCUGGGCUCCUCGUAGGCAGUGUUUACUUUACGUACAGCCAAGGAGUGUGGGGCGAUCAACAAGAUGUCACAGAAUGCGUUCGUCGCUGGCAAGAAUACAUUCGAAGUAUCAAUACAAGACGCCCACCUGUCUUCGACCAGUGCGGUAACGUCAUUAGAAAAGAGUCUAGCGAAAGCAUUUUUGCGCCCGCGUAUGCACUUUACAAAUAUUGUGUUACCACUUGUUUUUCAGGUGUUGUGAAAGUCCCCUUAUUAGUGAAGUGUGCUUAUAUCGAUUAUCUGCAAGCUUUGGAAAGAAGGAAAGACGAAUUAGCCAAGGAAAGGCAAUUAAAGAGGACAUCGAAAGUUCAGGAUUGAAUUGAAACUUCUAUAAUCGUUUUCAGAUAAUGUAAUUAUGAAUAAAUCAUUGAUGAAAUAUUUAAAAUAGGUACAUUAUUAAAAAAAUACUAACUACAUAUUAUUUAUUACAAUAUACAUAUAAACUAACAACUAUAAAAAAAAUUGUAAAAAUAGUCUUUGCUGCAUCGAUUGUGUUGAUAGCUGCUAUGUGCUAAUUGACUUUUUAAAUAAAUUUUAUGUCCUCGU